AUGUUUGCGCUGUCCCGACAGGCUGCGCUUCGCACCAGCCGCUUAGGGCGCUGCGUGCGGAUCCAACGCACGGGUAACGUGCUCUCUCAGCCUGUGGCUUUUGUUUACAGUCGCCAGCUUGCGACCGCGUCCCAGGACCCGUUCCAUAUGGAGACACCGCGGGACUCGGACACUGUCUUUGCUGCCCAGGACACGUUUCUGCGGCGUCACAUUGGUCCGCGCCCCGAGCAGAUCCAACACAUCCUCAAGACGCUGGGCUACUCGAGCAUCGAAGAAUUUGUCGCGAAGACGGUGCCCGAAGAAGUGCUACUCCCGGAAGGUGCUGUGGAUGAGAACUCCAUGCCCGCCCUCGCUGAGAGUGAGCUGGCGAGGCGCAGCGAAGAGCUGGCGCGCAUGAACAAGGUGUACCGCUCCUACAUUGGACUGGGCUAUCAAAACACAAGUGUCCCUCCUGUGAUUAUGCGCAAUAUCUUGGAGAACCCGGGGUGGUACACAAGCUACACGCCGUAUCAGCCAGAGAUUUCGCAGGGCCGCCUCGAGUCGCUACUGAACUACCAGACCAUGGUCAAGUCACUCACAGGCCUCGACAUUUCGAAUGCCUCGCUUCUCGACGAGGGCACAGCGGCGGCUGAGGCCAUGAUCCUUGCUCUGGGUACUGUCAAGGACAAGAAGCGCAAGGUGUUCCUGGUCGACGACAAGGUUCUGCCUCAGACCCUCGCUGUGCUCCGCGGACGUGCAAAGGGAUUCGGGGUCGAGAUUGUGCAGCAGCCGCUCCAAGAGAACGGCCAGGUGCGAGAGCUGCCGGCGGACCUGAAGGAGCGAGUCAUGGGUGUAUUGGUGCAGUACCCUGACGUGAAUGGUGUGCUGGUUGACUGGGCACCCUUGGCGAAGCAGGUCAAGGAGGUCGGUGGUCUCGUGGUCGCCGCCACAGACCUGCUCGCUCUCACCAUGGUGAGGCCGCCGGCGGAGUGGGGGGCAGAUAUUGCUGUCGGUAAUGCAGCGCGCUUCGGUGUGCCACCCGGCUACGGUGGUCCCCAUGCCGGCUUCUUUGCUGCGACCGAUGCACUGAAGCGCCGAAUGCCUGGCCGUCUGAUCGGUGUGAGUCGCGAUGCAGACGGUCGUAUGGCAUAUCGUUUGUCUCUGCAAACGCGCGAGCAGCACAUUCGCCGUGAGAAGGCCACCUCGAAUAUCUGCACGGCCCAGGCUUUGCUGGCUAACAUGAACGCCAUGUACGCUGUGUAUCAUGGACCGAAGGGGUUGCGCCGCAUUGCUGCCAAGGUGCACGCGCUCACGCGUAUUCUAAAGCGCGAGCUGGAGUAUUUGGGCGUGAGCGUGCUGAACACUGAUGGCGCUUUCUUCGAUACGCUCACUGUUAAGGCUCCCGCGGACAGGGUGAUCGAGGCGGCGCAUGCAAAGGAGAUCAACCUACGUCGUGUGUCGGACGAACAGGUCGGUGUGACGCUCGAUGAGACGGUGGCAGUAGAGGACCUGGCCGACAUUGUGAGCUCGUUUGCCGAGGCACUGUCGAAACCGAACGUGUCGGCAGAGCAAUUGCGCAAGAGCGCUUUGGAGCUUAAUCUAUCUGCCCAGUCGCUCGACUCGCUCCAGGUGAGCGCCUUCCACCGCACGAGCUCGUACUUGACGCAGUCCGUGUUCAAUACGCACCAUUCUGAGACGGCCUUGUUGCGCUAUAUCCAUGGCCUUCAAGGCAAGGACCUGUCGCUCGUGCAUGCAAUGAUCCCCUUGGGAUCGUGCACGAUGAAGCUGAACAGUGUCUCGAGUAUGAAGAUGCUGUCAUUCCCCGAGUUCCAUGCGCUGCAUCCGUUUGCUCCCGUGGAACAAGCCGAGGGCUACCAGGUCUUGAUCCGCGAGCUGGAGGCCGAUCUGGCCAGGCUGACGGGCUUUGCGGCUGUGUCGCUGCAGCCCAACUCAGGUGCACAGGGUGAGUUUGCCGGUCUCUCGGUCAUCCGCGCGUACCAGAAGGCGCAGGGCGAACAUUACCGCAACGUAUGCUUGAUUCCCACUAGUGCCCAUGGCACAAACCCGGCAUCGGCGGUAAUGGCAGGCAUGAAGGUGGUGUCUGUGCAGACGCUGCCGGAUGGCACGAUUGACCUCGCGGACCUGCGUGCCAAGGCGGAGAAGCACAAGGACGUGCUGGCUGCGACGAUGAUCACGGAGCCAGGUACCACUGGUAUCUAUUUUGCCAAGAUCAAGGAGGCCAUUGACAUUGUGCACGAGUUUGGCGGGCAGGUCUAUCUAGACGGCGCCAAUCUGCAGGCUCAGGUUGGUGUGACAAAUCCCGUCGUGAUGGGCGCCGAUGUGACGCACUUGAAUUUGCACAAGACGUUUAGCAUUCCUCACGGUGGUGGUGGCCCCGGUGUGGGUCCGAUCGGAGUCAAGGCGCAUCUUGCCAAGUACCUCCCUGGCCACCCGCUUGUGCAGACUGGUGGUGAGAAUGCGAUUGAGCCCGUGUCGGCAGCGCCAUGGGGCUCGGCGUCGAUUUUGACGAUUGCGUGGGCAUACAUCAAGAUGCUUGGUUGGUCGGGUAUCCGCACGUCCACGAUUACCUCUUUGCUGAAUGCCAACUAUGUUAAGGCACGCAUUCAGCACAAGUACAAGGUCAAAUACGUCGGAAAGCAUGGCAAUGUGGCGCACGAACUCCUUGUGGAUAUGGCUGAGUUCCAGCCACUUGGAAUCCAGGUCAUGGACAUCGCGAAGCGCCUGAUUGACUAUGGCUUCCACCCUCCGACCUGCUCGUGGCCUAUUUCAACUGGCAUCCUCAUUGAGAUCACCGAGAGCGAGCCAUUUGAAGAGAUUGAGCGCCUGUGCGAGGCUUUGCUGGGCAUUGCCGACGAGAUGCAGGAGAUCAAGGAUGGAAAUCUCCCCAAGGACAACAACAUGUUGAAGCGCGCGCCCCACACUGUCGAGGCCCUUACCGCUGAGACAUGGGACCGCCCCUACACCCGUGAGCGUGCAGCAUACCCCGUGCCCUCGCUGCGCCAGAACAAGUUCUGGCCCCCUGUCGCGCGUGUGGACGAUGCUUACGGUGACCGCAACCUUGUGUGCGAGUGUGGCUCGGUCGAGGAUUACUCGUCCAACUAG